GAGCAGGAGCGGGGAGGCCCGGGGACGCAGGAGUGUCCGCGAGCACAGAAAAGCGCGGCGCAACGGGCUGGGGACCAAGAGGUGCGUCCCCCGCUCCGCUCUGCACGGCUCCUCCCGCCCACGCUGCUGUCCCCACCGCGGUCCCGCCCGGGCCCGCCCCCGCCCCGGCCCGCCCCCUCCACCCCCGCCCCGGCCCCGGCCCCGGCACCGCAGAUAGGCCGAGGCCCCGCCGCCCGCUGGCCACUGUCGCCCUGCCCGGCCAUGCCCGCGGACCUCAGCGUCACCUGGAACCUGCUCAGCAGCGACAACUUCGACGGCUACAUGCUGGCCUUAGGUAUUGACUUUGCCACUCGUAAGAUAGCCAAGUUGCUGAAGCCACAGAAAGUGAUGGAGCAAAAUGGGAAUUCUUUUGCCAUCCACACAUACAGCAGCCUGAGGAACCACCUCGGUACGUUUACGGUUGGAGAAGAAUUCGAGGAAGAGAAUAAAGGCCUGGAUAACAGAAAAUGCGAGAGCCUGGUCACCUGGGACAGUGACAGACUCACCUGCGUCCAGAAGGGGGACAAGAAGAACAGAGGCUGGACCCAUUGGAUCGAAGGGGACAAGCUCCACCUGGAAAUGUUCUGUGAAGGCCAAGUGUGCAAACAGACUUUCCAGAGAGCCUGAGCUGUCUCCGUCCCCAGAGCCCACGUGUGACAGCAGCCUUAAUGGUGACUCCUCUUCCCAAAUGAACAGAUGUUACUCUGUCCGGGUUUGGUGACGGGAACUUGUGGUCGGGGAGACGCCUCACCACCUGUCCCCGAAGCCAUUUACUCGGAUUGUGGGAAAACUGCUCAGUUUCAAUAAACCUGUCCAACGAC